GAAAAAGGAGGGGGUUCCAAUCAGUGCUGAGGAAGUAAGAAAACCAAUGGGAGUGCAUAAAAGGCUACAUAUCCAACGUAUCCUUGCUAUACCAGAGGUUAAGGAGAGAUGGAACCUCAAGCAUGGAUCCUAUCCAACCAACCAGGACGCAGAGAGGAUUUAUGAGAAAUCUUUAGAUGCAACCCUAGACCUGCUACCUGCUAAUUCUAAGAUGAUCAGGGGUGUACCUGAGACUAUGGCUAAACUAAGGUCGGAUUAUGGAAUCAAGAUUGGAUCCUCAACAGGAUACACUUCUGAGAUUAUGGCAAAAUUGAAGGUUCAAGCUGAGAGUGAAGGAUACAAGCCUGAUAGUUAUGUUACCAGUGACGAGGUGAUAAAUGGCCGACCUGCUCCAAAUAUGAUAUCAGUAGGAUACGACGCGUACGUAUGUCUAACUUUGUUCUUCUAA